AUGCAAUCUGGAGAGGUUGCCAGCGUUAGCUACCUUUCACCUUCGUACUACGAUAUGCCUCAUAUUUCAAAAGACUUGGAGAUCAUUCCAGUGAUGUGUGGUGUGAUCAUUUCAGAUGAAGUAUUUCAUCAUGACCAAGUAGUCAGCCAAGAUGAAGAAAGGAGGAAGAGGAGGAUGAUAUCAAACCGAGAGUCGGCUCGCAGGUCACGGAUGAGGAAGCAAAACCAUAUCAGCGAGUUGUACUCACAGGUCGUCCAUCUCCAGUCAGCAAACUGCCAGCUUCUCAAUGAGCUGAACCGAGUGAUUACAGAGUAUGAUCAGAUGGUUGACGAGAAUAGCCAGCUCAAGAAUGAAGAAGCUGAGCUGCAAAAGAAACUUGAAAAGUGUGAUGCAGAGAGAUCUAAAUGA